AUGGCCGGUGAGCGGCGGAGGAAGGCCGGCGCCCGGGCGCGGGGCUGGGGGCCGGUGGCCCUGGUGGUGGCCCUGGUGGUGGCCCUGGUGGCCCUGGUGGCCCCGGCCCCGGCCCCGGCCCUGGCGGAGGCGGGCUCCGGGCCCGGGGCCGGCGGCCGGGCCCCCAGCUGCCACGAGGUGCGCACCGCCUUUCAGAUCCGCCACAUCGGAGCCCCGCAGCUCGUCCCCGACCUGCCCACCGCCGAUUCUGACUUGCAGAUUUGCCAGCAGAGAGCACCCACUUGCUGCACUAAGAAGAUGGAGGAGAGCUAUCAAGCAGCUGUACGGAGAGAGAGAAUCCAGAGCAUCCAGUCAUUGAACUUUGAACUGAAAUAUAUGAUUGCUGUCCACAUCACUGCAUUUCAAGAGGCCUUUGAGUCAUUGAUUCAGUAUGCUGCAAAUCACACCAGCUUUCUGUUCGAAACUGUCUAUGGAGCUAUGGCAAAGGAAGCCAUAGAACCAGUCCGAGAACUGUUUAUGGACAUCUCCCUGUAUAUUUUGGGUGCUGACACUACAGUCGACAGUGCAGUUUUGCGGUUCUUCGACAGUCUCUUUCCUUUGGUUUACAAUCGGCUAAUCAAUCCAGGAAUUAUAGAUUUAUCAAAGGAAUAUAAAGAGUGUCUUCAGUUAACAAGGCAAGACGUAAAUCCCUUUGGGCAUUAUUCUAGAGAUGUGGUUACAGAGCUGUCAAAAUCACUUUGGGCAAGCAGAAUGCUAAACCAGGCUCUCAACAUGGGCGUCGAAGUGCUGAAUACAACAGAACAUGUGACAAUCACAAAGGAUUGUAGCAAAGCAUUAGUCAAAAUGCAGUACUGUCCCCACUGCCAAGGGCUGACGCUAAUCCGGCCCUGUGCAGGCUAUUGCCUAAACGUAAUGAGGGGCUGCUUGGCAAGUGUGUCAGAACUGGAUGCCCAAUGGAGGGAGUAUAUCUCGACGCUGGAGCAUCUGACUAAUGAAAUGGCUGGGUCUCACGAUUUAGAAGUUGCACUCCUGGGAAUUCGGAAUUCAAUCAACGAAGCCAUCUUGCACGCACAGUUAAAUGGGCCACACCUCUCUGCCACAGUAAAUAAAGUGUGUGGGCCACCCAAAGUAAGAGAAUUGAAGCAGAUACCUGACACUGUGGUAGAAGCUGCAGCAAUGAUGGAAACUCAGUCAUUUAUGAGUACUGUUUCUACAAAUUUGAACAGUAAAAGAAGUUCUCUGCCUCUGAAAGCAUCAAAGAAUGACAAAUCCAGAAGUUUGAAAAAAAUAUCUCGGGAAUUCAUCAGCUACAUGAAAAGAUCCAGAACGUUUUAUGCCUCAAUAGCUGAAAGAUUAUGUGAUGGGGACCUGGUGAUGCGAGACAGCUCUACUUGCUGGAAUGGAGAGGAUGUUGUGGAAAGUUACACAAGCAGAGUGGUUUCAAAUGGACUCAAGGCACAAAUUAAUAACCCAGAGAUGAAAGUCAAAGGUCUGGACCCCCUCAUCAAUAAUCUAAUAGACAGACUUCAGAGAUUUAAUCAGUUGGAUCCAGAGAAGAAAAAGAUGAAAUCAGAGAUGUGGGCUUCCAGGGAUCUUGGCAGCGGGGCUGGGAAGAGUGAAGAGGCUGAAUCAAGUGGUGAUUGUGAUGACGAGGACGGAUGUCAGGGAUCUGGAGAGGAGACUCUCGUGACAGAUGUGUACACCAGAAAGAAAACAAAAGCAGAUGCGACUGAACCAAAACCAGCUACUAAAAAGAUGGAUCACAAUGGAACUACAACCACAGUAAAGUCAUCUUCUAAACACAAUUCAUCUGGAAACAUGGGCCUCCAAAGUUCUUAUUCCUCUAUUUACAUUAUUACUCUCCUGGCAAGUUUGUAUCACUAUCUGUCAUAGCUGCAAUUAUCACAGUUAUGGUGUAAGAAUUUUGUUUCUCUGAAGUUUACCAUCAGCCUUAUCUGACAAGAAAAAACGUUGUUAAAUGGUUCUCUAGUUUUCUACAGAAUGGUAGUUUGGUGGUUUCAAAGUUGGCCAGGGCUGGCCAACAAUCAGUAUCAACAUCUACAUUUCUUUUAAAGAUUAUUCUUUUAAGUUUCUUAACCAGCAAUAUUAUAAGGGAAUGAUAAUAGAAAACCUAAAGAGAAAUUAUUUCAAGCGUUCACAUUUCCAAAUGAUAGAGUUGCAUUUUUCAUUUUACUCAUUGAUGGGUUAGUUCAGCUUAUUGGGUUUCUCAGAAAAGCACCCGUUAUCAGUCAGCACUAUGAAUUUUUCUAGCAGAUUGCAAUUAAUCUAGAACGACACUAGAAGAGUGUAAGGUUACUGACACUACCAUUGAUGAAUUCCUCUUAAUUAACAGCCAGUUUGAGGUCACUGCUUUUCUUUCAGUCCUUAGUGAUCACCAUACAGAGCUGAUUAAAUGCUCACUAUAUCAACAAUAUUCACUUAAAUUGUACUUUGCAAAUAUUGGCAUGCUUUGAAAAUUGUCAAACUCUCCAGACAAUUAGCUUCCUCGCCUCAUGAACCACCAUUAUGGAAAGUUCUAGGCUUCAGAGAUGAAUGUCUAAAACCAGGGAAAUUGAGGAAAUCCACAUUAAGCCUUCCAUUCCCCCUGAAGGCCAAUACACAGGAUGAAAAUCCAAAUUUGUUCAAGCCAUUUUAUUACCUUUGUGGUGUAAAACUGGAACAAAUGAAAAUGUCUUGUAGCUUGCAAGGGGAGAAAUAAGUAGCUCAGUAAUCCUCUAUUGUAGUUUUUGUGCACUGUAGGUCCAAGCUACAGUACAUUCAAAAGCUGGGUAUUAUUUAAGUUUUAAAUGGUACUAUCACAGUAUAAGUGAAAUGCAAGACAAACACUCAUCUGGAAUAAAGUUGGUAAUUUGUAUUUUGAUAUGUUAGGCAUUGUAGCUUUUUGGACAUAAGCAGAAAUGCAUGACUAUUUAAAAAAGUAUGAUGGAAAAGGUAUUCUGAGAGUCCUAUGGGUGGUUGAAAGCAAAAAUAUGUAUUUUCCGACAACUGUGUUUACAGUGCCAUUGAUGAUAUAUGUAGUACUGCAUACAUAUUCUAAUGUACCAAUAAAUAACGCUUCAUGUAUUUAUCAUAUUUACUAACAAUGUCAUAAACAUCUCAACAGUUAAAGGACAUUUCCAUGCUCCAGGCUAUAGUGCUGUACAGUUUUUUUAUGAAAAAACAGAAACAGUCACCUUUAAUAAUCUUCUUUUUGUAAAAUUGUCCCUGGGGUCAUGUCACUUUUCAGAAGAUAUUGUUCCAUUCAAAGCAAAGAGUCUGUUGCCUUGUCAUCAUAGUAGUUUUGUGAAAUUUGUACUUAUAAGGUGACAAGGCUGUAAGGGAGCCCUUUUUGAGCAAGAGCAGUGAGUGACGCUGAUGGACAAUUUCAUCCCUGUGAGUGUCUGAUAACAGACAGGCUCCCACUGCUCAAAAUCCCUGUUAACGAGGGCCGUGAACACUCCGUAUCUUCCAGAGGGAAAAUGCGUUGAUAUUUACUCAUUUUUAAUGUUUGUCUGUAAUUCAUGUGGGUGCACAAUUCUAAAAGGAAAAUUGUAUAAAAUAGAUCCCCAAUGCAGCUAAAACUGAGUGCUCUUCCGAGUCUCAAUCCAGAAUGUCAAUCUGCUUCCUCUUCCACAGAAUAUUCAAAAAAUCUCAAUUGUAUUAACAUUGUGAUGGAUGUCUAGUGAACAGUGUGUCACAAUGAUCGUUGUAAACUGUUAGUGGUAAAAUAUCCUUAUUGGUGACAGUGCAGUAGAGAGAGUUUUCAGAGAAAAGUGGCUUUCAUUGAAUCAUUUGGAAAUUUCGGUGGAGUUGUAGACCUGCCGAUUGAAAUAUGCAAUGAAAGUGCCUUUCUGCUCAGGUAUUUGUACUUCCCCCUGCCUCCCUUCAGAAAUAUUUUAUUAAAUCCUUCCAGUGAGGAUCAAGAAAGUGCUUCUAACUUGAAAAUUGAAGGGGGGAAACAUCAGAAAAUAAUUGGCUGCAUGCUCCUAAGUGGUCCCAAAUUCCAACUGUAUAAUCUUCUGAGCUGGAGGUUAGCAAUGUUUUGUAUUUGUUAGGUUGAUUAGACAUCCAGAACUUGUACAAAUUUACCAUUGAAAAUUACCUUGUCAUUCUAAUAAGGACAACAAAUAAACAUUA